AUGGCUUCCAUCCACUCCAUAGCUCCCCAGAGCUUCCUCCCUCUCCCAAACUCCAAACCCAGAAACCCCACUAAUGCUCACCCAAAACCCAUCUUAAGCUCCAAUCUUUGCAGCUCCAAACUCUCAAAGAACCAAACUUUCCUGAGAAACAAACGGAAAGACAGGUGGAUUUUGAAGUCUCUGGUUGAUCAAGAAGAGUGUGAUGUGAUCCCACUUCAGAGCACUGACUGUACGGACCAGCAGGAAGGGAUGGCUGUGUGCAGGGUGGAGUGUGAAGGUGUGGAGGGCGAGUUGGCGAGUCAGGUAGGUGGGUUUGGAGCAAGUGAGGGAAGGCUUUCCUUUGAAGGGGCUGGUGGGUUUGGGUCUUCUGGGGUUGGAAAUGAGAGGGAGAGUGAGGAAUUUGAGAGGCUCGUAGAUAGGACUAUCAAUGCCACUAUUGUUCUCGCAGCUGGUACUUUUGCUAUCACAAAGUUGCUCACUAUUGAUCAGGAUUACUGGCAUGGUUGGACUCUGUUUGAGAUCCUAAGAUAUGCACCUCAACACAACUGGAGUGCUUAUGAGGAAGCUCUCAAGACUAACCCAGUUUUAGCCAAAAUGAUGAUUAGUGGUGUGGUGUAUUCUAUAGGGGAUUGGAUUGCACAGUGCUUUGAAGGAAAACCUCUAUUUGAGUUCGAUCGUACACGAAUGCUCAGGUCAGGUCUUGUUGGAUUUACUCUCCAUGGUUCCCUCUCUCACUACUAUUACCAGUUUUGCGAGGAGCUUAUUCCAUUCCAAGACUGGUGGGUGGUUCCUGCCAAAGUAGCCUUCGACCAAACUGUAUGGGCAGCAAUUUGGAACAGCAUUUACUUUACCGUUUUGGGAUUUUUGCGUUUCGAAUCACCCAUCGAUAUUUUUAGUGAACUGAAAGCGACAUUCUGGCCCAUGCUGACCGCUGGGUGGAAACUUUGGCCAUUUGCGCAUCUUAUUACCUAUGGUGUGAUCCCUGUCGAACAAAGGCUCUUAUGGGUGGACUGUGUAGAGUUGAUCUGGGUGACUAUACUAUCAACCUAUUCAAAUGAAAAAUCAGAGGCAAGGAUUUCUGAGGCACCAGUUGAAGCAAAUUCCAGUUCUUCAAACACAAGUCCUCUUGAGGAGUAA